GCCGAAUUGUACUAGGAAAUAGCAGCAGUAGCCGCAACCACAUCUAUUUAUAAGGAUUUUCUGGGAUGGAGUCGUUUUGUUUAAGUCUAUAAUCCGUUUACAUGAGGCGCUGGCAGUUUUCACCUUGCAGGGUGGCUGGAUAUGGAAUACGAUGAUAAACUGGUCCGCUUCCGCCAGGGUCAUCUCAAUCCCUUUGAUAAAAAAGGGGGAGCAGAGCGCCACCCCGCAGACUCUGAAACGCAGCCUUGCAAAGAGUCCUCUACAAGUUCUCCACUCUCUGUACCAGAAUACAACUACCCAGACAGAGUGAUGGACCUUGGAGUAUCAGAGGAUCAUUUCUCCCGGCCAGUGGGCCUUUUCCUAGCAUCUGAUAUCCAGCAGCUGAGACAGGCAAUCGAGGAGUGUAAGCAGGAGAUCCUAGAGCUGCCCGAGAACUCUGACAGGCAGAAGGAUGCAGUUGUUAGACUCAUCCACCUACGGCUCAAGCUGCAAGAACUGAAUGACCCCCUUGAGGAUGAACCAAAUCUGCGCAUUUUGUUGGAGCAUCGAUUCUACAAGGAAAAGAGCAAAAGUGUGAAACAUCUUUGUGACAAGUGCAGCACAUUUAUCUGGGGGUUGAUCCAAACUUGGUACAGCUGCACUGGUUGUAGCUAUAGCUGUCACAGCAAAUGUCUAAACUUAAUCACCAAACCCUGUGUGAGAUCAAAAGUCAGUCAUCAGGCAGAGUAUGAGUUGUCUAUUUGUCCAGAGGCUGGGUUGGACAGUCAGGACUACCGUUGUGCUGAAUGCCGAACUCCCAUUUCUUUAAGAGCUGUUCCCAGUGAAGCACGGCAAUGUGAUUACACUGGGCAGUAUUACUGCAUCAGUUGUCAUUGGAAUGACCUUGCUGUCAUCCCUGCGCGGGCCAUUCACAACUGGGACUUUGAACCCUGCAAGGUGUCUCGAUACAGUAUGCGAUAUCUUGCUCUGAUGCUGGGUCGUCCUGUGCUAAAGUUACGCGAGAUUAAUCCAUUGCUUUUUAACUACGUGGAGGAACUGGUAGAAAUUCGGAAGCUGCGACAGGACAUUCUUCUCAUGAAGCCAUAUUUCAUCACAUGCAAGGAAGCCAUGGAAGAUAGGCUUCUUCUCCAGCUGCAGGAUCGCCAGCACUUUGUGGAAAAUGAUGAUAUGUACUCGCUACAAGACUUGCUAGACAUCAGCAGUGGGCGCUUGGGUUGUUCUCUUACAGAAAUUCAUACCACCUUUGCCAAACACAUAAAGCUGGACUGUGAGCGAUGUCAGGCCAAGGGUUUCGUGUGUGAGUUGUGCAAGGAAGGAGACAUCCUCUUCCCAUUUGACAGUCAUACAUCUGUGUGCCAAGACUGCGCUUCUGUGUUCCAUAGGGACUGUUAUUAUGAAAACUCCACCAGUUGUCCACGGUGCAUGAGACUCAACCUAAGGAAACAGGUGCAGAAUCCUGGAGCGGAGCCAUAGCUGAGUACCAUCAUCUAGAUUAACUUGUGUAUUGCAUUAGGACAUGAUUUAAGCCUGAGCUUGAACAAUCGGCCUCUAUACAUUGACUAAACAGUCAGGCAUGCACUACAUUUAACACUUACUGUAAUUUAUUGUAUAUAUUUUCUUGUGCCUGGGAGAUCUACAGCACAUUCCAAUAGCACCGUUACCAGAUCCUAACCCUACUGCAACAUUUGGACAUUUCUAGUUGCAUUCCAGGAAAAGAAGGAGUUGGUGAUUAUUCUUAUACGGAUCUCCUAUGGUGCCUUAUUAGUACAUGGAGAGCAUUAUGUCUUAUCUUUCUGGGAAACAUUUAGCACCUGGAUGUUCUUGUCCUUUAUCAGUUACUCUACCCUUGGACCUGCUCUCUUGUUUGAAGGUUUGGAGCCUGUUGCACCAUGUGAUGCGACACUGUACAGCUGCAGCGGCUGGAAAAAAAAGGGUGUAUAAUUUAUAUGCUACAGAAUUAUGUCUACUUUGCAGAGAACUCUUCUUUUACUUUUAUAAUACAAUUGCUCAGUAUUUAUUGACAGAGGCCAUGAAGCUUCUGUAUUACCCUGAGUGGAAAAAGAAAUGAUAUUGGGAAACCAUGAAAAAGAAUGUUAAGGGGUUGCACUUUUGAACUAUUUCUGCUGCUAGUAUUAAAUUCCUCCUGAACCAAUGGAAA